AUGUCAUUCCUCCUCACCCGCACCUCAGCCGUCCUGGGCGUCGGACUCGGUCUCUCCCUGAGUCCGCUCUCCCCCUUCCGUUCCACCCCAAUGCAAUGCCAAUAUAGCGCCCCCUACUACCAACCCGAGUCACAAACCUCCCCAGACUCAGGGUGGGCCGUUGACCGCAGCGACCCCGGGCUACUCAAGCAGGGCGCCACGAAACACAAUUCUCCAAGCGGAUGGUUAACGGCAUCCAAUAUGCGACAGGUGAGUCUGGGGAGUAUCCUCGGGCUGGUUGUGGGGGUGGGAUUGAGGGCGUUCUCGAGGGUUUUGGUUGUGCUUUUGGGCAUGGGAGUUGUGUUUGUUGAGUGGGCAGCUGCGAAUGGGUAUAAUGUGAUUCCUGUGAACCGGUUGCAGGGGCUUGUUAAAGGGGUGAAUUUACAGAAGGCUGUGUCGCAGCAUAAGCCAUUUAAGAUCAGUUUUGGGGCUACGAUGGCGCUGGCGGCGUUUGCGCAGUUUUGA